GGAGUCUUUGAAAAAUCCUUAGUGGUCAUGACAUUGUUACAAGUGACAUAAAUUAGCCAGUGGCUCAGAAUGAUGGAUACCCAGAAGACUACAAAUGGUUUGCAAGUGAUUGGAGAAGGGACUGGUAUAGGGAAAUCGACACUCCACAUGGUGGGGUAUUUGGGAAAAAACUGUAGUCCUGUGGAGACAACUGCACCUGAGUACUGUCCAGUCUGCAAAGAGAAGGGCCAGAUCCAAGUUUUACGGACUUACCGCAUUAAUUUUCAAGAGUCUAUUUUUCUUUGUGAAAAUCCUCAGUGUAUCUACCCACUUGGUUAUAAACCAUUAAACAGCAUAAUUACCUCUGCUGAGCCAGAAAAUCAUCAAGUUCCAUCUACUCAUAAGAAGAGGAAAUUGUGUGAUAUCAGUGACUUUUCUCCUGUUGAAUCACAUCCAAAAACCGCAAGAACUAAUAAUGUGGUCAAUGUUGAGCACAUUAUUAAUGCAGACCCUGAUGUCAAAUGCUAUCAGAAUAGUUUAUGUAUUCCCAAGUCAAGCCUACAUGAUGUGUUACAAAAUGACCAGCAAAAAUCUAGUAACAAUGUGGAGUCCUGCAUGCAGAGGGUGGAGUUUGAAACAACCGCCAACACCAACAACUCUCCAGAAAGUCCUCUUAAGACUUCUAGUCCCAGAACACAACUCUUGCCAAAAUCUGAACUUUGCUCAACAACAUCUGAAAUUUUGCUCAAAGGUGAUAAAGGUUCCACUAAUAACACAGAUUUAUGUCUUCAGUGGAGAAACAUGCAUAAUCUUUGUUGGUUAGAUUGUAUUUUGUCAGCACUGGUACACUUAGAAACAUUAAAAUCUACUCUGGCAGAAGAGUGUGAUGAUGGAAAAUGUUUACUCCAGAAACUCUUAACAAAAUAUGAUCAAGCAACUGUGCUUCUGAAUACCUGUAAAAGGACUAAAGUAAAAGAUGUUCUUCCAAAAGUAGAAUCGUAUCUCAAUGAAAUCAGAAACAGAAUUUUUACACAGCUUCAGCCUCAGCUUAAGUGUGAAUUGGGUAAGAAGGAGAGUCCAGUGUUUGCACUCCCUCUACUUUUACAACUGGAUCAACAAGCUGAGAAACUAUUCUUGUAUUCAUUUUCAUGGAAAUUUGAAUGUGUAUGUUGUGGCUACAAAUACCAGGACCGAUUUAGGAAAACACUAACAACAUUCACAAAUAUAAUCCCUGAUUGGCAUCCACUUAAUGCUGUUCAUAUUGGACCAUGUAAUAACUGUAGUGAUAGAUCUCAAAGAAGACAGAUGACUUUGGAAAAAGUACCCUCAAUAUUAAUGUUACAUUUCGUAGAAGGUUUGCCACAUAACAACCUGAAGAGCUAUUCAUUUCAGUUUGAAGACGACACCUACCAAAUAACAUCUAUUGUUCAAUAUCAGACAGAUAAGAAGCACUUCAUAACCUGGUCUUUGAAUACUGAUGGAACUUGGCUUGAAUGUGAUGAUUUAAAGGGGCCAUACUGCAAGAGACAUAAAAGAUUUGAAGUUCCUUCUUCAGAGAUUCAUAUUGUUAUCUGGGAAAAGAAAACAUCCCAUGCACCAAAAGAACUGAACUCACCAUUCCCGAGUAAAAAUACGGAAGAUUUUCCUCUUAAUAAUGUACAGUCAAAUUCCACAGUGUUGCAUUGUGGUUUUGCUAACACUGUAGACAAAAUACUUUCAGAGCAUCACAAAGAGGAUUCUGCAAGAACUCCAGAGAAGAAACAGCAGCGGGUAGCUGAGGAUGAAAGUAUUGCUCGUCAUGAUUCAGAAAAUCUGGCACAUGAUGAUCUUGUAACACUGAUGCUUGAAGAAAUUCAGGUUGAUUCAGAAGGUAAAUCACUGCUGAACAGACAGAUAGUGGGAAAUAACCUUGUUGAAAUGGACGCACUGCAACAGCAGGAAUUAGCUUUUUCACCUAACACUCUACAUACAGGAGAGUUUGCUGGAACUAGUCUAGCUAUGAACAAUAAAUGCACGUUAUAUGAAAAUUCCAGCAUUUGCUUAACUCUAGAAGAAUCGAACCCAAAAAAUAUAACUCCUCCCAUGCCCAAAAAACAUGACCCUGACCCAUCUGACUCAUCACUUGCUCAGAGAAUGGAUGACAGAACUAAUUUACCUAACAGAGAACAUGGAUUAAAUUCAGAACUACAGCUAAGCAAGAAGUUGUCACCAGUGGAGAAUAUCACACAAAAAUCACCUGACUUGAAAGAUGCAAGCAAAAUUGUAGUUAAUUCUCAGGUUGCCAAUUCUUCUGCUGCCAAUAAUUCCUUUCGACCUUCACACAAAGACCAAAAAAGAGGAUUUGUAGGAAGCUGGGUAAAGAAAUUACUAAGCAAGAAUUCUUCUUUCAUGCCUUCAAGUGCCUCAGCUCUCAAGAAUGAGAGAAGUUGCAAAACUCCCUCAAUGCAAAAAAUAAGUGAAGUGCGAUUGCCAGUUAAGGGAGCAAGUAACUUUGGUGGAUUUCAAAGCAAAGGUACAAACAAAACAACUGCACCCCCAAAGUCAGUGGUUCCUCAGAGUAAUAAUACUCAUCCUUUAUCAAAUUUCAAAGGCUUUUCUCAAAGCACUCAUCUUCCAACAGCAAGUCAAACCAGUAUUGAAGGUCCAACUUGGAAUAAGUCAGCAAGUGUCUUGAGUACCUCAGGUAAAGUGACUCAGUUCCAUUCACCUAGCUGUAACUCUGGGAAAGCAGAAGAGUCAGAUAGUGACAAAACAAGAAAACUUCGCCUAAAACUGUUAAGAAAACUUAAUGCUAAAAAGAAGAAGUUGGCUUCACUGGAUAGGCUAGCAGUGGAACAGAUGAAACAAGAAAAACUUGUGAGUGGAGAUGUAAGCACCCCAUCACAGAGUGAAUCUCACAAUGACAGUGAAUUAUUGCAGAGCUUUUUAAAGGAACUGCAGUAUCAGAUUGAUGUUGCAGAUAAUGAAUCUGAAUUUAAUGCGAACUCUGUAUCAGGGUGCACUAGCCAUAGUAACAGUGAUGAAAUACUGGCAGAAUUAUUGUCCCCUACUUCAACUGUUGCUUCCUUAGAGGCUUCAAAAAGUGAAGAUGAAUGUAUGUAUAUGGAGAUGGUGGAUAGCAGUGUGGCAACAGCAGCAUCCGAUGAGAAGACCAGUGUGCCAAAUACAGCACUGACAAGCGAGGACCACAAUUAUUACAGUCCUGUAAAGGGCAGUAAUUCGGAACUUCAUACAAUAAGCAAACCUAGUGUGAAAAAACUUGCUUUUGAAAGCCCUACGAGUGAAGAUAUCCUUGAAGACCUGUUCUCCAUUUCAGCACCAAGCUCAAUGGCAGGUGACCUAGAUUUACCUCAUUUUGAUGAAACUCUGUUUGAAACUUGGUGAAGUUUCAAACUUUGAAGUCGGUUUCUUGGAUUUAAGUAUUUUUCAAUAUUAUGUAUAUUUUGAAACAAAGCACUAUUAAAUUAUAUUUUCUAACUAGUUUAAUUGCACACUGGCUCUACUUGAACAAUUUACAUUUGAGGUUUUUCUGUUCUUAAAAUUUUAUUGUAGC